AUGGGGAACCAGGACGCGAAGCCGAAGAGGAGCGCUGGCGAUGCCCCGCACGGAGGCGGCGGCGGCGGCGAGGACACGGCCGGGCCCCGCGAGGCCGAGGGCACAAAGAAGGCGGGCGGGGGCAAGAAGGCACAGGGCCGGCACGGCAAGGGGGGCGGCGGCGGGGAGUCGGGCAGAAAGAAGAGCCGGACGGACCCCAGGGCCUCGGUCUUUUCCAACCUGCGCAUCCGGAAGACCCUGUCUAAGGGCAGAGGUGCCGGCGGCUCCCGUGAGGAUGUGCUGGACCCCCAGGCCCUGCAGGCCGGCGAGCUGGACAGCGCCCACUCGCUGGUCACCAAAACCCCGGACCUCAGCCUCUCGGCCGACGAGACGGGCCUAUCCGAUACCGAGUGUGCCGACCCUUUCGAGGUAACGCGUCCCGGGGGUCCCGGCUUGGCCGGGGUCAGGGGCCCAGCGGUGGCUGAGGAUUCGGAGACUGCGGCGGGGGCGCAGGAUGGACAAAGGACCAGCUCGGGCUCGGACACAGACCUCUACAGCUUUCACUCGGCCGCGGAGCAGGAGGACUUGCUCUCGGACAUCCAGCAGGCGAUCCGCCUGCAGCAGCUGCAGCAGCAGCAGCAGCAGCAGCUCCCGGGCCCCGAGUCGCCCCCGGCGUCGCCCCCCUCCGCCGCCCCCCCGCCCGGGGCCCUGCCGGGCCUGGACCGACCCCCGCCCGGCCCCAGCGCCGAGCCGGCGCCGUCCGCGCGCCCCGACCGGCCCCCGGCCGCAGAAGCGCCCGCGGCCGCCGCCUUGCCGGCUCCCGGGUCGGCUCCCGGGGAGCCAGGGGCCGCGGACACGGACGAGGAAGGCGAGGAGGACGCUUUCGAGGAUGCGCCCCGAGGCUCUCCAGGGGCUGAGCGCGGCCAGGCGGCGGGAGAGGCCCAGCGCAGACCGGGGGCGACGCGCGAGGAGGGCGCGCCGAAGCCCGGCGUCCCCGCGGCCGCCUCCCCGCCGCGCAGCCCCGCGCCCAGCCCGCGCCGCCCCCGGGCCCGCCCGCUUCUGGCGCCCUGUUACGUCAGGACCACCACCCGGCAGCUCAGCUCGCCCGGGCCCUCCCCGUCCCCGUCCCCCAGCCAUAGCCCCCGGGUCCAGAGGCGGCCGGAGUCCUCCCUGGGCCGGAGGUCCGGAGCCGCCGCGGCCCCCGCCGCCGCCCCGGCUAGGAAGCCCCGCGCGGGCCGCAGCCGCUCGGCCGACUGGACCGCGGAGCUGGGCCGCGCGCCUGGGACGGGGGUCUCGGCGCACCUGGCGCAGCGCGGGGCUGGCGGCCUCCAGGAUGUUUUCGCAGGGCCUGGAGUUAUAUCCAUCAGUAGCAUCCGACAGAGUGUAGACGUCCAGUUAUUGUCCAAUAAACAGGUGAAGCCCAGCAGAGGCCCAGUGUCUGGGCACCGGUUCCCGGAGGCCCUGGUGUGGCCAGUGGUGGGCACGGCCUGGUUCUGGGCUGACAGCAGGGGUGGCCCAGGUGUGAGGCCUCCUGACCUGGGAACCAAGUGUGUUCUCGGGACCCAGGGCCUUAGAUCAGAGAAGAGGCGGCCACUGCUUGGUGGCCUGGUUCUCACUCGUGGCUCGGCCGUCCUUGAGUUUCUGGGCAAAAGUGAUGAACACACACCAGCAUCUGCUGAAAUGGAACUGACAUUCUGUGAGGAGGAGUCUCCCACAGACUCACAGGAGUUCAAGGGCCCAGCUCUGAUGGGUGGAGGGGAUCGUGAGGAAACGGUGGCAGCCCAGCUCCAGGUGGUGGACGGGUCGGGUCCUGCGGGGGUAGAAGAAGCACAGGAGGCAGCCCUCAGGGUCGCGGGGGAGUUAUCUCCCUGGGUGCCUGUGACAUCGAUGAUGGGAGUCCGGUGGAGACCAGGGUGGGAGCUGAGGGCAGGGCUCCCAGCGCAAAGCUUGCUGCCCUACCGGGGAGACACAGGAGGAGCUGGCGGUGCGGCCCAGGGCUGCUGUGGCUGGGUGGCCCGGCGCAGGCCAGGCUCAGGGGCUGCGGCCCCUCAGGGCGCGGAGCUCUGGGGCUGUGCUUGCCUGUUUCCCACGCUGCUCCCCAACCACCGUUGCCCAAAUGGUGGCUACCAGCUGCCUCCUCAGAGAGCCAUUGGCAGGUCAACAACGAGCAGGAGGAUUUCCAAUGAAACCCAAAAGGCUGGGGCUUCUUCACACGGAAGAGGGUGUAGGGCCCAUCACGUGGCCCAUUCCCUUUGGGGGCAGGAGGUGUUCCGGGGAAUGGGAGAGCAGACCAGAGCUGCCCUUGCCCGUGUGGUCCCCAGGCCCGCCUGCAGAGAGGCCUGCCUGCAGAGAGGCCUGCCUGCAGAGUCUUCCCUGUGCACAGGGUGGCCUUGGCAGCCGGCCUCUCGGGGAGGCUCAGCCAGGGGACCCGCCGGUGCUCCGCCUAACGACCGUGUCUCACCUGCAGGGCGAACUCUGCUGGAGAAGCUGUUCAGCCAGCAGGAGCAUGGGCCUCCAGAAGAAGCAGAGAAGUUCUGCUCACGGAUCAUUGCCAUGGGUCUCCUCCUUCCUUUCAGCGACUGCUUCAGGGAGCCGUGCGGCCAGAAUGCCCAGUCCAGCUCAGUUCCGUUCGAUCAAGAUCAACUUUACACCUGGGCUGCAGUUAGUCAGCCCACACACUCACUGGAUUAUAUAGAAGGACAGUUUCCCAGGAGAGCCCCAGCUGCUUGGCCACCGUCGAAACCUCCUGACCAAGAGCACAGGCCCAAGGAUGCUGACACAGAGUCUCAAUCUGCUGUUUUAGAAACUCCGAAAAAAUGUUCAGAUGCUGCUCAGCAGGAAGUUUGUGACAUGAAGUCUGAGGGUCAGGCCACUGUCAUUCAGCAGCUGGAGCAGACCAUUGAGGAUCUGAGGACCAAAAUAGCUGAGCUAGAGAAGCAGUACCCGGCCGCAGACUCAGAGGCGGCCCCCGCCAGAGACGUGUGUCUCGAAGCUCUCAGGUUGGGAGAAAAGGACGUAGGGCAUCAAAGGAUUUUACAGGCAAAGUCCAUCCAGACAUCCCCGACAGAGGAGGGUGGGACGCUGCCACCUCCUCCCGUGGGCGUCCUGCCUGGCACCGCAGUUGGAGACUCAGCCGGGACAUCCUCACCUCCGGGACCUCAGACCAAAUUCUGCUCAGAGAUUUCUUUGGUCGUGUCUCCAAGGCGGAUAUCCGUUCAGCUCGACGCACAUCAGCCCCUCCAGCUUCCACCCCCUGCAUCACUGCCCUGGUCUGACGGUCAAGGACAGGCCGGCUCACAGCCUUCCCAUCCUUCUCUUCACACGGAGUCUGGAACCAGCCACGAGUACUCUGCUUUCCCAUCUUCUGAAAACGGCCGUAACAUCCCCCCUGCGCCGCCUCUGCCUCCGGAGUCCUCCCACCCGAUGCCUGGCCUGGGCACUGCGGCUCCCCCACCGCGCCCUCCCCCUGCCGCACCUGGGCCUUUGCUGCCCAGCCCAGCGGGUCCCUCACCUCCCCAUCUGCCGGGUCCAGAGAUGCUGCCACCCCGUCCCCCACCUUUGCCUGGUGAGGGAAUUCCUCCUGCCCCCCCUCUUCCUGGAGUGGGAAUUCCUCCUCCCCCCCCUCUUCCUGGAGUGGGAAUUCCUCCUGCCCCCCCUCUUCCUGGUAUGGGAAUACCUCCUCCCCCGCCUCUUCCUGGAGUGGGAAUUCCUCCUGCUCCCCCUCUUCCUGGAGUGGGAAUUCCUCCUGCCCCCCCUCUUCCUGGUAUGGGAAUACCUCCUCCCCUGCCUCUUCCUGGAGUGGGAAUUCCUCCUGCUCCCCCUCUUCCUGGAGUGGGAAUACCUCCUGCCCCCCCUCUCCCCAGUGAAGGAAUACCUCCUUCCCCCCCUCUUCCUGGAGUGGGAAUUCCUCCUCCCCCCCCUCUUCCUGGAGUGGGAAUUCCUCCUGCCCCCCCUCUUCCUGGUAUGGGAAUACCUCCUCCCCUGCCUCUUCCUGGAGUGGGAAUUCCUCCUGCCCCCCCUCUUCCUGGUAUGGGAAUUCCUCCUGCCCCCCCUCUCCCCAGUGAAGGAAUACCUCCUUCCCCCCCUCUUCCUGGAGUGGGAAUUCCUCCUGCCCCCCCUCUUCCUGGAGUGGGAAUUCCUCCUCCCCCACCUCUUCCUGGUAUGGGAAUUCCUCCUCCCCCACCUCUUCCUGGAGUGGAAAUUCCUCCUCCCCCACCUCUUCCUGGUAUGGGAAUUCCUCCUGCCCCUCCUCUUCCUGGAGUGGGAAUACCUCCUCCCCCACCUCUUCCUGGUAUGGGAAUUCCUCCUCCCCCACCUCUUCCUGGAGUGGGAAUUCCUCCUCCCCCACCUCUUCCUGGAGUGGGAAUUCCUCCUGCCCCCCCUCUCCCCAGUGAAGGAGUACCUCCUGCCCCCCCUCUUCCUGGAGUGGGUAUUCCUCCUGCCCCGCCUCUUCCUGGUAUGGGAAUACCUCCUCCCCCUCCUCUGCCAGGUGAAGGAAUACCUCCUGUUCCACCUCCUCCUUUGCCUGGUGUGGGGAUUCCACCUCCUCUAGCCCCUCCCCCUCCUCCCCUUCCUGGAACAGGUGCUCCCCCCCCACCACCACCCCCUCUGCCUCCUGGAUCAGGCCUUCCUCUCCCACCACAAGUUGGGAGUAGCACUUUACCGGCACCGCAGGCGUGUGGAUUUCUUCCUCCUCCAUUGCCAACUGGCUUGUUUGGAUUCGGGUUGAACCAGGACAAAGGGAGUAGAAAGCAGCCAAUAGAGCCUUGUCGGCCAAUGAAGCCUCUGUAUUGGACCAGAAUUCAACUGCACAGUAAAAGAGACUCCAGUGCUUCACUUAUUUGGGAAAAAAUCGAAGAGCCAUCCAUAGAUUGUCAUGAAUUUGAGGAAUUAUUUUCUAAAUCUACUGUAAAGGAAAGGAAGAAACCGAUUUCUGACACCAUCACAAAGACCAAGGCUAAACAAGUUGUCAAGUUACUAAGCAACAAAAGGUCACAAGCAGUUGGAAUAUUGAUGUCUAGCCUUCACUUAGAUAUGAAAGAUAUACAACAUGCUGUGGUGAACUUGGACAAUUCUGUGGUUGACCUGGAGACCCUCCAAGCUCUGUAUGAGAAUAGAGCACAGUCCGAUGAACUGGAAAAAAUUGAAAAGCACGGCCGGACCUCCAAAGACAAGGAAAACACCAAAUCUCUGGACAAACCUGAGCAGUUCCUUUACGAACUGUCACUAAUCCCCAACUUUUCAGAGCGAGUCUUUUGCAUCCUGUUUCAGUCCACAUUUUCAGAAAGCAUUUGCUCAAUUCGGCGCAAACUGGAGCUGCUACAGAAGUUGUGUGAGACAUUAAAAAAUGGCUCAGGGGUCAUGCAGGUUUUGGGUUUGGUUCUUGCCUUUGGCAACUACAUGAAUGGUGGAAAUAAGACUCGGGGACAGGCAGAUGGUUUCGGGUUAGACAUUCUCCCGAAGCUGAAAGACGUCAAAAGCAGUGACAAUAGCAGAAGCCUUUUGUCAUAUAUCGUGUCCUAUUAUCUUCGCAAUUUUGAUGAGGACGCCGGGAAGGAGCAGUGUGUGUUUCCACUGCCCGAACCCCAGGACCUCUUUCAGGCCUCACAGAUGAAAUUUGAAGAUUUUCAAAAAGACCUCAGAAAACUCAAGAAAGACUUGAGAGCCUGUGAGGUUGAAGCGGGAAAAGUGUACCAGGUGUCCUCAGAAGAGCACAUCCAGCCUUUCAAAGAAAACAUGGAACAAUUUAUUAUUCAAGCUAAAAUUGACCAAGAAGUAGAGGAGAACUCACUGACAGAGACUCAUAAAUGCUUUUUGGAGACUACAGCCUAUUUCUUCAUGAGACCAAAACUUGGAGAGAAGGAGGUGUCCCCAAAUGUUUUCUUCAGUAUCUGGCAUGAAUUCAGCUCUGACUUUAAAGAUUUUUGGAAGAAAGAGAACAAACUUAUUCUACAAGAGAGAGUAAAAGAAGCUGAAGAGGUGUGUAGGCAGAAAAAGGGAAAAUCACUUUAUAAAAUAAAACCAAGACAUGACUCUGGAAUUAAAGCAAAAAUAAGUAUGAAAACCUGA